AUGGGCGACGACAGAUACUACACUUUGGCCGAAGGAUGCCCCUUCGCAAACAACAGCACCGCUGUGCUGAUGCGGGGCAGACAGGGCGGCAGCCUAGGAUUGCUUCAGGAUACCCAGCUCAUUGAGACUUUAGCUCAUUUCUCUCGCGAAAGAAUCCCGGAGCGAGUCGUUCAUGCCAAAGCUGUUGGAUCCUACGGCGAGUUCGAAGCCACCCGCGACUGCUCCGACUUCACCUGCGCCAGCUUCCUCAACAAGGUCGGAAAGAAGACUCCGGUGCUUCAGCGCGUGUCAACGGUCGGACCCGAGUCGGGAUCUGCCGAUACUUCUCGCGACGUGCACGGAUGGGCAAUGAAGCUCUACACGGACGAGGGAAACCUCGACUGGGUUUUUAACAACACGCCUGUCUUUUUCAUUCGCGACCCGAUCAAGUUCCCGUCGAUGAACCGAUCCCACAAGCGACACCCCCAGACUCACCUUCCUGACGCAAACAUGUUCUGGGAUUUUCACGUCGGCAACCCCGAAGGCAUCCAUCAACUUCUGGUUCUAUUCAGUGACCGCGGCACUCCCAAAUCGGUCCGCUACAUGAAUUCGUACAGUGGACAUACAUACAAGUUCACUAAACCGGAUGGCUCAUUCAAAUACGCCAAAAUCCACGUCAAAACCCAGCAAGGGAUACAGAACUGGAGCCGCGAAGAAGCUACCAGGAUCGCCGGAGAGAACCCUGACUACAUGAUCCAGGACAUGUUUGAGGCCAUCGAGCGGGGCGACUAUCCUGUCUGGAAUGUCUAUGUCCAGCUGAUGAGCCCUGAGGAGGCCGAGAAGUACAAGGUGAACCUCUUUGAUAUGACCAAGGUUUGGUCGCAUAAGGAUUUCCCUCUGCUGCAGAUCGGUCGUCUUACUAUGAACCGCAAUCCGCGAAACUACUUCGCAGACAUUGAGCAAGCCGCAUUCUCGCCAUCCACUAUGAUUCCGGGAUUCGCCGCGUCUGCUGAUCCAGUGCUCCAAGCACGUCUCUUCGCAUACCCCGACGCGGCCCGUUACCGACUCGGCGUGAACUACCAGCAACUCCCCACCAACGCAGCCAAGGUCCAGGUUUACUGUCCUUUCCAGAGAGACGGAAAGAUGCGAUUUGACGACAACUACGGCGGAGACCCCAACUACGUUGGCUCCUCCAUCAAGCCCACCAAGUUCUACCAAGAAGUGAAGGGAACUCACCCUGCAGCACUGGCCCUACACACCGAGCAUGAAAAGUGGGCGGGUGAGGUCUCAGCCUAUACUAGCGAAAUCACUGACGAAGACUUUGUCCAGCCCGCAGCAUUGUGGGAGGUUAUUGGCCGCGAGCCUGGUCACCAGGAUAGGCUUAUUGACAAUCUCGUCGGCAGCAUGAAGGGUGUUAAGUACCCGGAGUUGCGCAAGGCUGUCUAUAGCCUCUUUAGUCGUGUCAACAAGGAUUUUGGAUUGAGGUUGGAAGAGCGUACAGAAGCAGCAAUCAAGGCUGCGUGA